CAGCAUCGUAGCCGCCCGUACAAUCAUUCGUACCCGCCCUGAAUACUCAUUGGACCCUUACAACAUUUGAGGUCAAAGGACGCUCUCCGUGACAUCAGCCGGCGUUUCUCCCAGCAGUAAGUAGGCUAACGGAAGAAGACUAUAUGGAUGUGUCUCGAGAGAGCGUUUCCACAGAGGAUAACAUAGUCUUGGACAUAACGGCUCUUUAUAUACCUACGCAUUUCGGUGCCAUUGAUUACGUCAUUGUAGCCGUUUCACUGCUGGGUAUCGUGGGUAACUUUGUGUCAGUGGUUGUUUGGAACACCCACACCACCUUCAAUGCCAUCAUCUUUCUAUUCAAGUACCUAGCUAUGUGGGAUACCGUGCUUCUCUUGUCGACUUUUUUCAGCAGAGUUUUGACUUACUUCCGCCGUUCCGUUCUCGUCAGCACUUACAGCGUACUGAUCUUCAUAUUGUACACCAUGACAAUGCUUGGACAAACAAUGUCUGUGAACUCCACACUAAUGAUAGCAGUGUGUCGCUUUCUCGUUGUGUCCAGACCUCUACAGGUUUACAACGGCACUCUUCUAACACGACAUCAAAUAAUCCUUGCCUGUGUGGUCCUCUUUAUUUGGGGUUUGCUGAUUAGCAUCCCAUAUUUGGUCAUCACAUUAUUGACCUACUACGGUAAACUCCAAGCUUCACAUUUUACUCCCCUCGCGAUCUACUUCCUUGGCUUGAUUUUUCCCAUUAUUCUGAUGGUCGUCUUUAACAUCCUUCUUCUAAAGAAACUUCGCUCAUCAUCGCUGAUGACUUCAUCAACAACUUCAGCUCAACAUCCGGAGCUGUGGGGAAGAAGUCAACGGGUGACGCUGGUCGUGGUGUUGAUGUCGCUGUUCUCUGUACUGGCAUAUCUUCUUGGUGGCACUAUUGUAGCAUGUGUUUUUAUGUACAUUCAUUUUAGUGAACCACAAGGUAAGCCCACUGGCUGCCGAUUGCUUGACAUAUUAGUCUCUGUUUAUGAGCUUUUUCAAGUGAUAAACUCUAGCAUUAAUAUAAUUUUUUACUAUGCGUUUUUUCACAAUUUUUGCAAAGUGUUUCCAACCGUUGGAAUAAAAAAUCAAGUACCUGAGUCAUCGACUCCAACGAGAACAACAAUGAACAAAACUUUAAUCAGAUGAUCUACAUUGUUAAUGAUAGACCAGGUUUCAUCAGAUGAUGCCCAUUGAUAAAUACAGGUGAGGCUACCCCAAAAAGCGCGAAAAAGACAAAGAUCGUUGUCGGGUAAUGUUAUACGAAAUAUCGUCAGAUCGUCCAUGCUGGAGGUUAUAGGUCAGGCGUCAUCAACAAAGUCAUCAACUGCUUAACAUAGAUAAGAUGACCAUGAGAAAGAUUGACAGAUUCAUUGUCAUUGAAUGAUUUUAGUUAAAGAUUUAGUCAGUUGUACACUGGAGCUCAUUUACGACUGGUGUGUACCUGAAAUGUCACUACCUAAUAGUUCAAAACAUUAUCACUCAGAAAUCUCAUGUCAUAUUAAACUCCGUUCUAAUACCUUGUCAAAUCCUGUUCUUCUUUUUCUUUCGUUUUACUCUACUCCAUGUUAUUUAUAACCAGAUGCUGUUAAUUCACUCA